UAAGGCGAAAAACAUAGAUUCGCCAUGACAUUUAAAGUUUGCGGCAAAUUUAUUUCAACCAAUCAGAAACGAGGUGUUUGUUUACAUUUUAUUUUGUGUCCCUCUCGUCGUAAACGAACGUCGCAAUAAAAGUUUUUAUUGUAAAACAAAUAAGAGUAUAAUAAGUAUUAAUUGUAGUAUUGCGAUAUUUUUUAAACAAAGAAACUUAUAAUGACUAUAUUUUACUGGUUUAAACCGAAAGUUUUCCGGAACUGCAAAUGACAAGAGUCUAAUUCUUGCACUACUUCCCGUGAUGUGCUUUGGGAAUCUUAGAUAUUGAGGCUAACUUAAUUCUUAAAGCUGCACUCCAUUCUAACCUCCUUCCUUCAUGUUCUUUUAAUUUUUUACUGGUUUCACUCUUAACUUACUCUUAAAUUAUUUGAAAUAUUAUAAAAAGGUACUUUUAGGGAAGACAACAUAAACAAAUUUGUUGUUGCAUUCAUUUAGGGCGAAUUCUUCAUUACAACAAUUUGUUUUGACAUUUAAUGGUGCCGUCAGCUGGGCUGAUGCGAUUACCUAGUACAUCUACCUUGCCACCGGCCUUUCUCUAGACAACAUUGCCAAACACUAACAUCAAAACAAUGCCGAAAAUUGUGGAAUUACGACAAGAUCGUGCAUUAAUACGAUCCAACUUUGAUGGCUAUAAAUUGUCAUUGGAGCCUGUGCCAUUGAUACGUCAGGAACUCAGUGCGGGUCCCUUGAAAGCUACACCCAAUGAUGACCAGUAUUCCCUUCUUCAUGUGGAGUUAUUUUCUAUGCAAAAUUUAUUGGUUGUAGAUCCUUGGUCACGGAAUGACUCGUAUUUUAUCAAUAAUUUGGGUGAAAUACUUCGGUGUUCCUACGACGAGAACAGGGGCAGGCCGAACCCAUUGCAAGUGGUAUAUCGAUUGGUUGAAAGAAAUUCUGUUUGUGAUGACGAUCAACCUGCUCGUCCCAUAUGGAAACCGAAAGGUGAAUACAAUUACACAUUCCGUUUCAUUUCGGAAAAAUAUUGUGUGCUUUGUGAUGGUUUAAAGACUUUGCAUAUUCUGGAAACUGGGGAUCGCUUUAAGACACAAGAAUGGCAAAAAGUGGCUUCCACAGCUAUUUCCGGGGAUAAUAUAGAUCCGGCGGAGUCCAACUAUGUGAUAUAUGAUGCCCGAUUGGACAUUAUACAGGAACAAAAACAAAUAUCCCUUGCUCUUGGUCACGUUCAGAAGGUUGAUUCCCAAACACUCGAAGGCGGUUCCACACACUUUAUGUAUUUGCACUGGGCCAAGUUGUAUCUUAAAGAACAGCAAUGGCAGUUUGAAGUGUUGGAUACGUUAGAGGGCAAGGGUUCCCUUUAUUAUUGUGCCUUUGAACCACGCAGUGAAUCUUUAGUAAUAAGCUCAAAUCGUGAAUUCAUUUGGCGUUCCAAGAAAUCAAAUGACGAGCCUGUGCCAGAAGAAAAUGUCGAUGAUUGUAAACCACAACUUCAUGACAAACCAGAAAAUGAAAUUUCUGGGUUUUCCUGGUCACAAACCGAUGAAGAUAUUGUGGUGAAAUUCAAUGAAAUCCCCGAUGCUGAGAGAACCGACUACAACAUAAAAUGUGUGUCAAACAAAAUUACGGUCAAAUAUAAGGAGACCAUUUUAUUAGACUGUGAAUUGAAAGAGAAAAUUGAUCAUGAUUUAACAACAUGGACCAUGGAAAACAAUUUCCUACAAAUUACUCUGGUAAAACAGGACUCCGGCUUAUAUUGGCCAUCAUUGUUGGCUAAUGAUUUGGGUCCAAAGGAAAACACCGAUGGAAAGCAACAAAACUGCCUGCCAAUGGAGCAGCAACCUAUUGCAAAUUUGGAAACACCCAUUGAAGAUUGUGAUUUUCCCAUGGGCAUGGCUGAGGAAGAGAUUACGAUAUCUCGUUAUAAUUUAGUUAGCAAAAGCAUAACACAUUCCGUCAUUAUGAGUUCAAGUCCACCAUUGUUUACAACUUCUUUGCGACCCGGAUUUCCCAUGGCCAUUGCCACCCGACAAGAUGUUGAUUGUUCGUUGUGGUUGCAACAAUUCAAUCCCUCCAAACCAGACGAAUGGUCCUUAAGACACGAGGGAAACCUGCAUGCAUUUGCCUAUGUACAGGCCUCAAAGCAGCAAAAGAAAUUCAUGGAUUGUUCACCAGAUUUGGGUUAUGCCAUAAUUUCGGAAUCUCACCGACAUGUUUUUCUGUACAAAUCAAAAUACGACACUGCCAGUGGGUUGAGGAAUCGAAAUGGGCCACAGGUUAGUAUUGGCAAACAGCAUUUAAUAACUUUAGAGGAUGCCGGAGAAGUCUUGGGAUUGACAACAUCAAAUGCAGUGGCUACGCUCUUGACGGAAAAAUGUGUAUUAUUUGUUCAAAUUGAUAGUUAAUAAAGAUGUAAAAACUAGUAACACGAAUAAACUCGAGUACGAUUGAACUUUUAAGCCCUUA